UCUUAUAAAUAUAAGCGCGCCGAGAGGACGGUCAGUUUGAGUCCUUAGUCGACUAUUGUUACUCCGUGUAGUGCAGUGCAGCUUUUACUCCGUUUUAGUGAUGGAUUUCUUGCUAUACCUUUGCUCUCUAAUGGUAUUAAUUACCAUGCAAGCUCUGAAUUUACAGGCGAUGAGUACCCGAUUCGGGCUUCCUUCAUCGCGGUUAAUUCCUGCUGAAACUGAAGGUGAAAUUACUCAAGAAAAUUUGGUGAAGAAACCGCUGAACCUGGAUUGGAGAACAAAUCUCGACGACGAUGCCAGUUACCUGAAGCCAGAAGUCCCGCUCGUCCCGGCAACAUUAGCAGAUGCAACAAAACCCAGAAAACCGAACCGACCCGCUGCUACCUGGUGGCCUUCAAAGGUCGAUCGCUCGGAUGACUCGAAUGAAAUCCAAAGAAAAGCAGACUCUCAGUCCCUUGGUCUCGAUCUUGACCCGAAGCACCACCAAGACAAAUCGAAGACUGCGACUUUCGAAGAGAUCGAAACCAGGAAUGCGAAUAUUUACAACCCUCUCUUAAACCUCGACCAUUACCCGAUACCCACGAAAAAGUACACCGUCGUUGAACUUGAAAACAUGAACGCAAAUCAUUACAAUCCUUAUCUUAACUAGAUGAACAUCAUGCGAUGUCUGUGAUGUUGUAUAAUUGAGAUUGAAUUGGGUUUUACAGGCUGAAUGGCCUCAUAUUUAGUCGAUUCGGUUAUUGCGAAUUCCAUCUCUUUUUGCACGGGAGAAAACGACUUUCCAUGACUUUGAAAAUGUACCUUGCUCAUCUAAAACGGUUGUUAUAUCAUGUACGAUGUAAUAUAUUGCCGGUGCUGUCAAAGUUGGAAUAGGAAAGGAAACGGGAUUUUUUUUUUCAAUUGAAUACCGGUAUUCAGGAGUGAUUUUUGCGGUAAGCUUGGUUAAACUCUAGUUUGGCCUGCACAUCGUCGAGGCGCAAGAUGGGGACCACCCACGUCGAUACUUGCUUCGGUAAGACAAUUAGUACGUAGGCGACAAGCAGACACCUGAUCACUCAUAAUUAUCAAUGUUGAAGCCGAGAUUGAGUUACAAACGAGCGUUACCAAGCGCCAUAUGGACCGACACCCUUAUUGCUUGCUCAACGUCUAGUCGAUAUACGUGCGGGCUUCUUGAGAGUAUAAUCGCAGCGAGAUUAGAUUAGAGCUUUGCUGUUUGCUCCAGGACAAAGAGAAAAAAAAUAGGCGCAAAAGAAAAACUGGAUAUCGUGUUAUGUAAAUGUGAAGAGGUCAAGUGCGGCCGGCACAAGAUAUAGCGAUAAUUGAGAACUAUGUGUAGGUGUUUUAACAAUAAGGUUACGGAUGUUACGGAUUAUGUAUAGAUAAGCGUGAACGUGAGGUGGGGAUGAUUGACGAACACGGUUAUUGGGUUUCCUAUUACUGUUUAUUUAAAAAACUGAAAAAAAAAAGAAAACUUUUCUGCGAGAAUAACAAACUUUUGGCUUAUGUGACUAGUUGUAAUACUCAGCGGCAAUACUAACAGUAACGUGGCUUAGGAUAUUAAUUAAUCAUUGUUACGGUCCAUAACUAUUGAAUGUAAGUCUUAAGUGUAUGAACAUAAAAUAAUUAUACAUAAUAUAAAAUAUAUUAUAAAGUA